UAAAGUUGCUCAAAAAUUUCAAAGUUGCCACUCAGAUUUAAAAAGGUUCCAUGUUACACGCCAUGUUUUCCGGAAGAUUUGACACAAAACCUGACGAGGAUGGAACCUUCUUCAUUGAUCGAGAUGGAACACACUUCCGCUACAUCCUGAAUUAUCUUCGCACGGGGGAGCUUGUCGUCCCUGAUGAUAAGACUGUUCGUCAUGAGCUGCUGAUCGAGGCUAAAUUUUAUCAAGUGGAAGGAAUCAUCGAUGCGCUGACACCGAAACCCUUCCAGGGUACAGUGAUCCUGUCGUCCGAUCAACGCCAGACUUUGAUAAACUGGUUGAAAGACGUAACAGAAGUCAUGAAUGCCAAAGGAAAAUUGUUAUACCGAGCUUCUCGUGAUGGCUGGAAUGCCUCCCACUUUCACUCCUACUGUGAUAACAAGGGACCAACGGUUACAGUGAUAAAAAGCGGAAAUUACAUAUUUGGAGGAUAUUCCGAACAGAAUUGGGAUGGUUCUUCAGGUUAUAAAAGAUCACCAAACUCGUUCCUAUUCAGUCUUGUCAACCCAAGUGGUCUGUUACCAACAAAAAUGUCCUUGAGAGCUGGGCAAGAAGGAUAUUCUAUCUGGUGCAAUAGUGGCUUUGGGCCAAUAUUUGGAGGAGGCAAUUUUCAUGAUAUUCUCAUCCAGAGCGUACCAAAUUCUAACAAUUGCUCUAUUGCCCUCAACAACGCAUAUCAGUGUCCAUCGGGACAGAAUGGAAACACGUUUCUAACAGGAAAUCAACAAUUUUGUGUCAAUGAACUGGAAGUCUUUGGAUUCGAAAAUUGAACCAAAACGUUUGUUAUUUUGUGACUGUGCCAGAUUCUUUUGUCAACGGUCUUUACUUGUCUGUUUAAUGUUUAAUAAUUAAUUCUUGUAGAGUUAAACCCUUAUCAUGCUGAGUUCGAGUUCAGGUUACAAUCCCCUAAACUGACUUUAUUUUUAGUAACACACUUAUACAUGACAGUUGAUCCUUUCAUCAGCAGUGCAAGCUUUACAUUUCAUCAAAUCCCAACAACCUAUAUAUCAAAUUAAAGCUUAAGAAAUUGCCUUUCUGAUUAUUCUAUUACAAUAAACUUUUAACCUAUUUUGCUUUUAAAAUUUUAGCUAUGAAAUCAUGCUUUUGGAAAAACUUGACAAAAAUUAUACAUUAACA